AUGACUGAAACAUCACCUUCAGUUAGCACUAAGCUCGAAUUUCUUGUGGAUUUCAAUCGACAAGAACAAGUCGAUCAAUUAGGAAAAAUUUUAGGAAAUCAAAAAGGCAUUGAAAAUGUUAAUAUUGAUCUUUCUUCAAAACGAUUAGUUCUAGACACAACAUUACAAUCAACAAAAGUUCAACAAAUAAUUGAACAAUCAUUAGAUACAAAUGCUGUACUUUUAGGCACUGGUAAAUCUUUUGGUGCUGCUGCUGUUUCAGCUAUAUAUAGUAAUAUGAAUCGACCAUUUGAACGUCGUAUUCAUGGUUUAGUACGAUUUGUUCAAGCUGAUGAUGAACAAUGUAUUAUUGAAGGAAAUAUUGAUGGACUUUUACCUAAUUCACCAGCUCAAAUCAAUAUACAUGAAUAUGGUGAUCUUUCUAACGGAUGUGAUAGUUGUGGAGAUUAUUAUAAUACGGAAAAAUCCUCUCGAGAACCAACUGGUAUACUUGGUCGAGUAAUGACCGAUGAUCGAGGAGCUGCUGAUUUUCGUCUACUUAAUCGUUCUAUUCGAGUACCAGAUCUUAUUGGACGUUCAUUUGUCGUACAAACUUCUGAUUCUCAACGUGUUGCAUGUGGUAUUAUUGCUCGAUCAGCCGGUAUUUUUGAAAAUACAAAACGUCUUUGUACUUGUUCCGGUUCUACUGUUUGGCAAGAACGUCAAGAAGCUAAAGAGCGUUUUCAAUAA